AGAGGUCCGCGGUUGCUCUGAGCCGGCAAAGCUGAGGCGGGGCAGGGGUCCGGGCGGUGGGAGCCGGGUCGGAUCAGGGCGUGGCUUGGAACUCGGCGACGGAUUGGACGCGAGGGAGCCGGCGGGGUGGGGACGGGGCGGGGGCGCGGACCCUGAGACCACCCGGAGGUGGGCCCCAGCGGCACCAGGUCACGGCGGGAAUUCUCGGGCAGCGAGUGACUCAGCCCCGCGAAGGCCCAAAACUGCGGGCACGUGAGAUGGUCACCAUGGGCCAGUGCUACUACAAUGAGACCAUCGGCUUCUUCUAUAACAACAGCGGCAAGGAGCUUAGCUCCCACUGGCGGCCUAAAGAUGUGGUUGUGGUGGCACUGGGGCUGACUGUCAGUGUGCUGGUUCUGCUGACCAACCUGCUAGUCAUCGCAGCCAUCGCCUCCAACCGCCGUUUCCACCAGCCUAUUUACUACCUGCUGGGCAACCUGGCUGCAGCCGACCUCUUUGCAGGUGUAGCCUACCUCUUCCUCAUGUUCCACACAGGCCCACGCACAGCCCGGCUCUCACUUCAGGGCUGGUUCUUGCGGCAGGGCCUGUUGGAUACAAGCCUGACGGCAUCUGUGGCUACACUUCUGGCCAUUGCUGUGGAGCGUCACCGAAGUGUGAUGGCCGUGCAGCUGCAUAGCCGCCUACCACGAGGCCGGGUCAUCAUGCUCAUCGUGGGCGUGUGGGUGGCUGCACUGGGCCUAGGGCUGCUGCCUGCCCACUCCUGGCACUGCCUCUGUGCCCUGGACCGCUGCUCACGCAUGGCCCCCUUGCUCAGCCGCUCCUACCUGGCCGUCUGGGCCCUGUCCAGCUUGCUUGUCUUCCUGCUCAUGGUGGCUGUCUACACUCGCAUUUUCUUCUAUGUGAGGCGGCGGGUGCAACGCAUGGCAGAGCAUGUCAGCUGCCAUCCCCGCUACCGUGAAACCACACUCAGCCUGGUCAAGACUGUUGUCAUCAUUCUGGGAGCAUUCGUCAUCUGCUGGACGCCGGGCCAGGUUGUGCUUCUCCUGGAUGGUCUGGGCUGCAAGUCUUGCAACGUCUUGGCUGUGGAGAAGUAUUUCCUACUCUUAGCAGAGGCCAACUCACUGGUCAACGCCGUGGUGUACUCAUGCCGUGAUGCUGAGAUGCGCCGCACCUUCCGCCGCCUCCUCUGCUGUCUGUGCCUCCGCCAGUCUGACCACAAGUCUGUUCGCUACACACCCUCUACCCAGACAGGCACAAGCACUCGCAUCAUGCUUCCUGAGAAUGGCCAUCCCCUGAUGGACUCCACCCUUUAGCUAACCUUGGACUUCGGCAGGAUAGAGCAAAUGCCAGAUCGCUGCCCCUGGCCACCUGUGGCUGCACCUGGCUCUACCCAAUCUGCAGGCCAGACCUAAGGCAGACCCUCAGUCUGUCAUGGCACGAAACCACUGCCUGUCCCACCCAGACCCGCAACUGGGCCUGUCUUAGGCCUAGAGAUUGGGGUCAUGUAAGCACCCAGGAAAGAGUUGAAUGGGUGCAGGAAUCUGGCCCUUCAGUCAUCUCAGGCUGUAGGGCUUUUUAACAGACACUUUUCUGUUUUUACCACACAUCCCUGGUAAACUCUGUGGACUGCUUCCUUGUCCAUGGUGGUGUGGGUAAUAAAGGUAGGAGAGAUGAGGACUCUCCCAGGCCACGCUGCCCAGUGCAACAAGGUAAUAAGAAUGGACUGCAGGUGCCCCAUCUGCCUGAGGCUGGUGGUUUAGGGGGCACAGACUGUGGAGUGGUGAGUGUGAUCUGGGAAAUGUUUAAGACCCCUCACAGCCUCCAGGGGGUCUUGCCUAUUCCCAUUAGAAUUGAGGAGGUCUAUGAAGGGAGUAAAAGAGUAAAUCUUUCUUUCUGCUCUGAA